AUGGAACCUCGUAUUAAUCGUCACUCGCUCUUCGGGACCACUUCCUCCGAUCCAGAGUACACCACGAGUGCGUUCCCCGGCCAGGGCGUGACCCUAGGCCGACGCGAUCCGAGUCCCUGGAGCAGGAGACUCGUCCUCAACACUGACGACGAGGAGGAACCCGUAACUCGAAGGGUCGACAGCUCCAGCAGCAGCCAGGGCGCUAUGGACUCGAGCCCUGGAAUUGACCGACGUCACCUAGACGUUCCUACCAUCGUCCACCGGCGUCACACCCGGAGCUCCACAGACAGGAGGCGCAGCUUCCAUACCCCGGAAGAGAUGGAACGGCGUCGCUCGUACUAUACUGAAGAGCCAGUGGCGUCCAGACGGGCUUCAAGGUCGGACCUCAGCGCUUCUAGCUCUCAAGAGGAUGAUGCAUCGACCUCUACUUAUGCCGCUCGACGUCGAUUUUACCUAUCAGAAUCGGAUUCCGAUGAAAUUGCUCGUUCGGCUUAUCAAGCAUCACAACGGACGUCUGAGGCUAGGAACGCAGGAGGUCAAACCCACCCCGUCGAGACUAUUAUUCUGGUAUCGAACGCAGCCGAACCAAUUCGGAUAGCACCUCGGAUGAUGAGAGACGCUCGCCCUCCGCUUACAGCAGUUGCAGCUCGG